CCGAUGCAGUAGCUGACUGGCUGUUGCUACUGGCAACCCAUCCAUAGACGUCGCAGGUUCCUUCCCCUUCAUGGACCAGCCACCUCGUCCUCGUUUGAUUCCGUCGACGCAAUUCCAGCAUCGAGAUGUGUUGAUUGGGUACCGAAGUACUUACGUUCCGAAACCGGAAGGGGAUGCCAGCCCUCAGUCAUACGCCGUUCGCUGCUCAUUUCCCCCUCCAUCCACGCCGCCCUCCAUCAACAUGAGGCGUUCCCUGCACAAACGCUACGGUCGGGACUUCUGCAGAGCUCAACGCACGACGCGACCGCCGUCUCCGCCACCACUUUCCACACGUCGGGGUGCCCCACCUGCGGCUCCCGUUGCGGUGGACCUCGCGACACCAGCCCCCCCGUCCAGGCGACACGUUCGGUCGCAUUCCCUCACCAUGUUGACUCUGGGCGAGUCCCAUCCCCCCUCGACUUCAACAGUUAACGAGGCAAGCCCCCAUCCCACCACCCCAGCCAAACACACACGAUCGCGGUCGUUUAGUAUUUCCGAGCUGACUGUGUCGCACUUGCUGGACGACGCCCCGCCGCCCCCCAAGACGGUGGGCAACCCUCGGGUGAAAACAAAGUGGAAAACACUGGGGGAGCAUCUGUGGCACCAGAAAUCCAAGAUGCUUCUGAAUGCGCUGAUCUUAACCCCCCCGCGGCACUUGUACAUUGAGCGAAAAAACGAAGUCCAGAACCCGCUGGUGCACGACGGGGAGCCUCCGUCCAUUUCCAACACGGACGACAACACCAACUUUGACACGUUCAUUGCUGGGUACUUUCGCAACAUGUCUUUCACCGCCAAGCCGCUUCAAACUCAACUGAACCGCCGCCGGUCCUCGACCAACACUAUAAACCGUCGAGAGUCCACCGAAACCAAGUGGUCGCGGUGGCGGAGGUACCCCCCAAAUAAGCGCCCCGAGUGGCCAGCCACGUCCCCAACCAAGCGACAUCUAAGUGGGGGUCGAGUAUCGUAUGCCGAUUACUUGGCGCACGGCAACAGCUACCGCCAGCGCGCGGGGCUGAAGGAGCAUUUGCUCCAGUGCUAGCUACCCGUCAAUGUAGUACAACCCCCUCUUAUGCGACGAUACAAUGCGCUACUACGUAGUACAUCAUAAACAAAGUAUCCACGGAUAGUGCUGCUCAAAUGAAAACAUCAACGC